AUGUCUGGACGUCGCACGUCGACGACACUGAUUCCGCUCACUCAGGCUCAGAUUCAUUUGGUUCGCGCCCUGUGGCGGCAAAUCUACACCAGCAAAGGACCGACAGUGAUUGGAACAAGCAUGUAUCAUCGGCUAUGCUUCAAAUGUCCAGAGGUGAAGGAGCAAAUCCGACGAGUACAACUUCCAUCGAAAUUUCAACACCAUGACUCGUUUGUGAAAGCUCAUUGUAAAGCUAUCGGCGAACUAAUCGAUCAGGUGGUCGACAGCCUCGACAAUCUCGACAAUAUGACCAGUGAGCUGAUACGUAUCGGAAAAGUACAUGCCUUAUUACUGCGGGGUGAGCUUACAGGAAAGUUAUGGAACAUGGUUGCUGAAACCUUCAUCGACUGCACGUUGGAGUGGGGUGAUCGACGUUGUCGAUCGGAGACUGUGCGCAAAGCUUGGGCGCUCAUUGUCGCGUUUGUCAUCGAGAAGAUAAAACUCGCGGAAACAAAUGCUGCUGACGCGACAAUCAAUGCCAGUUAUCGAUGUGUCGUCGUUUCAUUCGACUAG